UUAUCACUUCGCCAUCCUCUUAUCACCACCAACAAUUCGUAAAAUUUUGAAAUUUUGCAUCUGUAAAAGAUCAAAAAUCUCCAAGUAAUGCGACGUUGAAGUAGUUUCCAUCAAUUCAACGUCAUUAUUUGCAUCCAUAAACGUGUAAUAAUGAAUGCACAAUAAUCCAUUAUCCGAUCCGAUGACCGUCAACUCCAGUAAGUCAACAGUGUAAAAACCCAUCUAAACAUGAACAUUUGUCGCAAAGUAUUACCGAAUUCGUCAUCGUUUCUUCGUUUCCGAAGUCCAGUAUGUACUCCAAUCAUAUCAGCUCGAAAUGUCGGAGCUUAUCAAGGACACGGUAAAACUACGAUCAAUGUAAUGAAUAAUAAAGACUCCGAAUCCAUCACUAUAUCGGCAUACUCUCAAGUUGGUUUUCGUCUUCACAACGGAAUUUUCGUUGUCGGUCCGAUGAUCUUGUAUAAAAACGUAGCCCUCGGCUGGGACGUCAGAGACGAUCAAGCUGUAAACGAAGAUAGCUUGGAAUUUUUCCGUCAUCUAGAACCUCCUCUAGACUUACUGAUACUCGGAUUAAGCGAAGACAAGAGUCUGAAAUCAUUCAAUAGAGAAUUAAUCAUACAAUUUAGAAAGCUCGGUUUAGCUAUGGAAAUUCUCCCAAGUACCAGAGCCGUACAGAUGUACAACUUCGUCGCUGAAACACGUAACGUAGCCGGAGCUUUUGUACCUCCCAGGCGUUUCAAUAUUACUACCGAAGAUUAUUUCUCUAGUACGCGUAAAUUUGGUAUAAUGUACGGUCCAGAAGUUGGAACCCAUGGUGAAGGAAACGUUGUUAAACAAGCCAGGGAGAUGGGAAUCAAGGAUUCGUAAUUUUGAAAAAUCGCUACUGUAUAGUUAUUAUUUUAUAUCUAGCUAAAAUCUAUAUUGUAUUUUGUUAAUAUAUUGUUUCAAUAGAA